AUGGCGUCUGAGGACCUUUGGACGAGACGACGCCGCUGGCAUAUUUUUAUUUGUGCGUUUGCAGUGGUCGUUUGCAAGCAACAGCUAACCAGUCGAAAGGCCGUCAACAAUGUACAGCAGGCGAUUCUAUACGUAUUCCUGCAGCAUGGGUGUGGAUUACCCGCGGAUAAAGCACCAGAUGGGAUUCUCCAACAAAUUAACACGUUUCUCUUCGUAGAAGAAGUUUUUUACAUGUUUGUACACUUCGUGCUGAAGCAGACCUUUCUCCUAUUCUACCUUCGACUCUCGCCAAAACGGAACUUCCAGUGGACCGUCUACGCGACAAUGGUCGUGUGCCUUUUGUUUCUUCUCAUCGAAUGGCUCUUGGCCUUUUUGCAGGCCCAGCCCUUGGACGCGUACUUCCACCCUGAGGAGUAUCCAAACGCAAGGCGGUUGAAUGAUUACGUCGUCCAAAUGGUUCCAACGGGACUGAACGCACUGUCUGAUAUCGUGAUCCUCAUCCUCCCCAUUCCCACCGUUGUCAACCUCCAAAUGAGCCGCCGCCGCAAGCUCGCCGUCCUCGGAAUCAUCUGCUUCGGUUCACUAUCCGUCGUCACAGCGCUCUGCCGCUUCAUCGUGCAGAAGCAGCUGAUUUCAGAACCGGAUACCCCCUACAUCAUGGGUCGGAUGGUUAUCGUCGCUGGGAUUGAGAUUCAGAUUGCUGUUGUAGCGGUUAACCUGCCCGCUCUGAGGUCGCUAUUUACAACGCUCGUCGGGAGCUCCCAUGAUGCUUCCGGGUAUGGUUAUGAUAGGUACAAUAAAAGGCAGGGGGCUCAUAGGCUCGGAAGUCUGCCUUCGCAUUCGCGGGGUCAGGGCACGUCUAGAGGUCGGAGGCUUGUUUCGCGGUCUGGGGAACGGGAUGGGCUGGGGGGUACGCUGACUGGCUCUGAGGAAGAGCUGGUGCGACGGCAGGGUAAUAAUAUUGAUAAGAUCCAGGUUGUUACGGAUGUUGAUGUGGUCUCCCAACAUGGUGGGGAGAAUAAUACCGGGUUGGAUAUCGGCUUUCCUCCUGCGAAGGUGGUAGAGCAUGUUCAGACGAAACGAUGA